UAGGACAACUGCAGCUUGUAUGACAACAACUGUAUCUCUUCUGACCAUUACAACUGCAGUACCUACUACUGCAGCUCCUACUACAACCACAUCAGCAGCGCCUACGACAACCACUGCAGCUCUUACUACAACAUCUGUAGAUACUACAACUACAACUAGAGCACUUGCUACAGAAACUACAAUUGCACCUAGUACAACAACCACAACUGCAACACGUACUACGACAACUGCAGCUCCUACGACAACUGCAGCUCCUACGACAACUGAAGCUCCUACGACAACCACAACUGCAGCUUUUACGAGAACUACCACUGCUCCUACUAUCAACAGCACCAUAGAAGCUCCUACUUCCACAACCAUAACUGAAGCUUCUAUAACCACCACAACUGUAUCUUCUACUAUGACAACCACAACUUCAGCUGCCAUAAUGACAACUACAAAUGCAGCUCCAACAAUGGCAACUCCAGCUCUUACAACCACCACCACCACUGUAGCUUCUAGCAUGGCAAUUCAACCUGCAGGUCCUACAACAACGACCACAACUGUUUCUCCAACAAUGACUGCAACUGCAGCACCUACAAGUACAACCACAAUUGCACUUCCAACUUUUACCUCAACUUCUAUGGCUUCAGUGACAUCAACAACCAGAUUUGGCACAGUGAUGGUUUUUGUUAGGCUGGUGUUCCAGCUCAACACACCAGUCCCCACUGAGGAUGAUGUCCUUGGUGUCAUCAACGAGCAACUGUCUCGCCAAUUGAACAUUCAGAGAAACACUCAAACCACCUUCCAGAAUGCAACUUAUAUCAAACUUACACAUACUUCAUUUGCCAUCGAUCUUGGUUUCAUAAUAACCAAUGUCACCAUGGAGUCUCGAAGAGAUAGACUCACAUUCACCAGUGAGACCUACAACAAGAUACAGGAUUCAAUUAACAGCCUACUCAAUGAUAUUCUUAGUAAACCAGAUGGCAAACAAUUUGUCUUUCCCAAUGCCAACUUCACUAUUGUUGGCACUCAAAUCAGGGCAGACAUGAUGUAUGUAUACAAAGAGGAAGACAUCAAGUUCCCUAGUGCUUUUCUAGAGGAAGUCUUAAAAGUCUCAGGUUUCCUAACAACCACGGUUGCCCCAACAACUACCAGCACCACACCACUUCCUACCCUUUUGCUGACCACUACUUUCAAUACCACAAGUGAUGGAGGUUUUCCUGGCUGGGCUCUGGCCAUUAUCAUCCCUUGUGGCAUCGCUAUCAUUCUGGUACCCCUGUGGAUCCUGCUAUGUUGCAUGCUAUGUGGCUGUUGUGCAGCUGUAAGGAGACACUGGCACAGACGGAGAUCUUACAAUGUACAGUACACCACCAGAAACGGUCUCUUCUGAGGUGACAUCGCUAACAUCUGUGGCCAAUUGUAAUCACAAGAACAGCCAAUCAUCUAUAUCUGCUAAUCACGGGACUUAUAACUUGACUACACAGGACUGCAUCUGAGAAGAUCAAGUGAAAAUGUAUAAUAGGCUUAAAAGGCCACAUGUUUUUUGUGCAAUGUACUACUUUUUAUAUUAUGCAUCUGAUUGUUAAUCAAAGUUACAGCUGAGCUGAACAAAGUAUGUUUAUAUAUUUAUUAGUUAUGUCAUUUGUGGUUUCAAGCUGUGCUGUCCACUGACUAAAACAGUUAUCAUUUAUUUAUUUAAUGUAUAAUAAGCUUCAUUCCAAUAUUUAUUUUUUGUUUGUUAUUUCCUCUCUUGAUUAACUAUGAACUAAUUUAUUUUAAACUGCAAUACAGUACUUGUUUCUUCAACUUACAGUUUGACAAAUGUAAUGAAAAUAUUUCACAUACUAUUAUUACAUCAAAUUUUAUGAAUAGGUUUGACUGCAGGGUGAUUAUAGACAGCACAUCUAAACAUGAUAAGUAGUUAAAAUUGUCCAACCUGGCACCUUUAAAAAUCUAUUUAAAGACCCAGGGGUAUCUUCUGUAUACCAUCCCUACCUUGUCACAACACA